GGCCUUUGGGAAGAGGCCGAGCCGGGGUGUCCUAACCUGGGUAGCAGAACACUAUGGGUGAUGUUGAAAAGGGUAAAAAGCUGUUCGUUCAAAAAUGUUCUCAGUGCCAUACGGUCGAAAAAGGUGGAAAACACAAGACUGGCCCAAACCUUUGGGGUCUGUUAGGUCGCAAAACGGGACAAGCCCCUGGAUUUUCUUAUUCAGAUGCUAACAAGAAUAAAGGUAUUGUCUGGAGCGAAAACACAUUGAUGGAAUAUUUGGAGAAUCCAAAGAAAUACAUUCCUGGAACUAAAAUGAUUUUUGCUGGCAUUAACAAGAAGACUGAAAGAGCAGAUCUUAUUGCAUACUUGAAAAAAGCAACCUCUUAAUGAAAUAUUAUUGCAGCUUCCAUGAUGUCAACUUAAUUUCCAGUUUGAAUAAGUCUUAUGC